UACUGUCCGCAUUCUUGCGCAUGCUCAGUGAAAAUGGCCGCGAAAUUGAAAAACAAGAAAAGGAACCCGCCUGGAAGUGGUUGGGAUAACUCUGUCACAGAUCUUUCUGCAUACCGUCUUACACCAGCAGAACUGGAGAGACGAAAAGCAAGUCACGUUAGUAAAAACCUUGAAGCAGCUCGUAAGGAACUCUACGAAACCCCAAGAAUCAAGAGCAAAGACUCUCUUCUUUUGGAUAGCAGUAAUCAGAUAUCUGAUGACGAUCAAUCACAAAACUCACCACCAAAGCAACAUUUACUAAUAAAAGCAAAAUGCGUUCAAGGUCAGCCUAACAUCACACUAGCUCCACACAUACUGACCAACAAAGAAAACAUGGAGAGGACGCUACUCGAAGCACAGACCAACCAACCUACAGCUGUGUCUUCACCAGGCGGUAUCCAUGACAACACUUUGAGAAGGCCCGAUGAUCCGCCCACGGUCCUUAACGAAGUAAUAGGAGAUCAAGAGAGCCCAGACGAAGACAGUCCGGACAAACCAAACCCACUUUAUCAAUCACUAGUUGACGUGAAGCAAUAUCAGGAUUAUAUUCAAAGAGAAGCUACACUUGAUUCAGUCAGCAUGUCGAUUAGAAAGUUACAGUUAGACAUGGAAGAGUUGGGACAAGAAAUGGGUGUGGUCACUGACGCCCCUAGAACCCAGGGGGGCAGUUUAGAGUCCGUAGUAAAUACAUGUACAUGUUUAAUGGAGUAUUUAAAAGAAGCACAGAGACAGUUAAAAGAAGAGAGAACACUGCAAGAGCAAUUACUAAUGACUGUGGAGGAGCAACAGGGACUCAUGGAUACCAUGGCAAUGGACAUACUGAAGCUAAGAGAAGAACAAAUAAAAAUGGAGAAAGAAAAUAAAAAGAUAAAAGAACAGUAUAGCAAUUUAGAGGUAAAAGUAAAUGAGUUGGAAAGACAAACUAAAGUCCCUCCACAGUUCAUGCCCGUAAUGAUACCAGGACCACGCCCACCAAUAUCAACCACGCCCACUUACAAAUCAUCCAAUAACUGAACCGAACAAAAUAUCUUAAAUUAAUUAAAUAUCUUAAAUGAUUGAUGAAAAAAUA